AUGGUUAGGGCAAGGGGAAUCAAAUCGACUACUGCUUUCCAAGUCACAAAAGUUGUUUACCAACACACAUGCUGUGCAACAAACUUGGAGUCUAAUCAUCGACAAUCAAAGAAAAAGGUACUCGGCCACUUUAUCGCUGAAGUAUUGGCCGGAGAUUAUAAUAGAGUUUAUCGGGGUAAUGAAAUUGUAAGGGACAUCAAUUCGAAAUUUCCAAUCAAUAUCUCAUACCAACAGGCAUGGUGGACAAAACAAUAUGCGUUGUUGAUGUUAAGAGGUAAAAAAGAGGAUUCAUUCACCAAACUACCAGCGUAUCUGCACAACUUGGUCAAGCAUAAUCCAGGAACUGUUACUCAGAUAAGAACAGACACUGAUAAUUGA